GUUAAACGCUUUCAAGCGACUACAGACCUGUCAAAAUAUUUUGUCACGUGAAAAACUAUAAACGCUACUUGCAUAAUUUUCUUUUAUUUAAACUACAAACAUUGGUCACUUUUAGCUAGCAUUCUUUUAGAUAUUCGUCAGAAAGAGAGAUUUCCCACGGACGUGAACGCCGCACCACUGCUUCAUUUGACAGUUGUAGUUUGAAGCUAGCAGACCCAGAAUGUCUGAGCGGGAGCUGGGGAGAAAGCUGGACCGAUGCCUGGCGGAUGGUGUCAUUAAACUGGGUACUGGACUGGGCUUAGGAAUCGUCUUUUCUGUUCUCUUCUUCAAAAGGCACACCUGGCCCAUUUCUUUAGGGUCCGGAGCCGGCCUCGGCAUGGCGUACUCCAACUGUCAAAAUGACCUAAGGUCGCAUUACUUGCUGCACAGAAACCAAAAGGAUCAGUGACUGAAGGAAACCAAGGACAUGUUUGAUGAAUGUUUUGAUUUUGUUUUGUCUGAAGGAGCAUCGCCUUCUGGACUCUUCAGCAGCUCGGUUUACUUCUCUGUUGAUAAAGCUUCCCCUGUUUUUCAUGUGCCUGUCAAUAACUGUCUAUGUUUAUUUAAUUAAAGAAUCAAAGUGACAGCAGAAA